AUGGGCCCACCCAUCUCCAUUGGAAAUAAUAUGUUUCCUGGCCCAUCCGUCAUCAUCGAGGAUAUACACAACAUGGGCCCAUGGUCCGCUGGCCCGUCUGAUAUGGGAUAUUAUGUAGAUGACACCCCUACCACUUCCACACUCAACCCCACUAUACCAGAUCCAAACCAGACGACUUCAACAGACAACAGAUCCACAAUCGCCACCGCCCUUCCACCUUCAAACCCCUCAACAAGAAACAACCCAUCUCCCAAGGAGAUACUUUCGCCCAAACCCAAGGAUGCUCCUUUCACUAUGUCGGAUUCAGCAUCAUCGUGUUCCUCUUGCCUCUCUGCUUCCUCUCAUGCAUCUGCAUUACCCCAGACCCAGACCUCCCAUCAACUGCUUGGCCUUGAUGGAUCACAACACCCCUCCAUUGGCACUAUCCAUAGAAGGAAACAUGCCUAUUGGGAGGCAGUCAUCUGUGACCCCCAAUUCGCUCUCCGACUAGACAGCUACCUCAAUUGUACCAAUGAUGAGAUCACCUUCAACCUCAUCCAAGCCUUCAGAGGCACAGAUGCCUUAACCGGCGAUAUUGCUAGGGUUGACCUAGCCAGGGACAUGUCCCUCUCCACCGUAUCCACCCGAUACAAUCAAGGCAAGAUCAAGCAAGCAUUGCUAAACUUGCUCGAACUUAGGAACUUCCAUGCCGCUGUCAUGGCCGUUGAGGAGGAGCAGGCAUUUAAUCCCCCUCCCAACCCAGUCAAAGUCGUCAAGCGUGCUGUCUAUGACAGAGCUCCGACCCCCUUUAUCCCUCAGCCACACUCCGAAACCCCGGAGCCUAUCCCCAAUGUCGCACAGCUUACAAACCCCAAAAUUGACCGUCUCUAUGAAGAGUACGAGCGCAAGCAUUAUGCUCCGUGUAACCCAUCCCCCAGCUUCGACACCAUCUCCAUCACUAUCCCAGAAUUGGAUGAGUGUACACCUGAAUCUCCUGCAGUCAAUCCUGACGAUUGGGUACCCACUGAUGCAGUACCACACCUCUCCAUCGGCUCUCCCCACCCUCUUCCUACACCUCGACAUAGAAACUGUCAUCCCCGAGCAACCUCUGUCCUAAGUCUAGGACUUCCCCUCUCCCAUGCGCAUCACCCACACACACAGAAUUACUCCUGUCACUUCACUCAUGAAGAGGCGCAGGACGAAGCCAUCUCCCAGGCUCAGCGGGAUGCCACCGAGACCACUCAGGUCUAUCGCAGCAAUGUAGUCUGCCGCCAGUGCCAUGUCUUUGGACACAAACAAAAGCAUUGUGCGCAGUACUUCUGCCGUAUUUGUGGGCAAUUCGCCCCAAAACAUCUCACCCCCUUCUGCCCUCAUCUUGAUGGCAAGAAGAUACUCCAUCGAGGACCCUCUCAGGAGCAGUUCUACCAAGACAUGCGCCAGCUUGAAGCUGCGUAUGACCAGGAUGCUGCUCGCAUUGAGCAGGAACGCGAGGAGAAUGCACUCAAAGCCACCGCUUGGCUCAAAGACCUCGACUUUGAUCCAGACUGGUACACGAACCAAGAUGAUUGA